AUGAAAAAGUUUGGAGGAGGAGUGUUAUUGGUGCUCAAUGCAUUGCUUGCAAUGAUCAUCAUAUUUGCUCCAUCACAAAUCUUAUCACUUGCAACUACAAAUGUAUUAUAUGUUGAUCCAUCAAAUGUCAACGCAUGUACGAUUAAAGUAACGGAUUGUGGUACAUCAGUCAAACCAUUUACGACGAUAGGUGAUGCAAUCGCAGCUGCCAUGCAAGGUAGUACCUCUGAGCUAUCGACCAACUAUAACUGGGUUGUAUUGGUCAAUCCGGUACAAUCGUAUGUUGGAACUCAAAACAUUGGAAUCAACGUCCAACUCGCCAAAGGGUCGUCCAUCGAACUACGUUCUAUGACUGCAACCACUGUUACCAUCGAUUGUCAAGGUUCCGGAUACUUUAUGAAUAUUCGUUCGACCUCUCACUUUAAGAUGAACAAUUUCCUCGUCAAGAAUUGUAAUGCCAAUAUUGGUGGUGCCAUGUCUAUCGUCCAGUCAUCGGCCACUCUCACCAAUUGUAACUUUUUAAAUAAUGUAGCAUCAAUCGGUGGUGCCAUUUACAUUGAUAGUUGCAAGUCGGUUAUUAUCUCUGCCACCAAGUUUGACAGCAACCAAGCCAGUGAACGUGGAGCUGCCUUUGAUGUUAUCAACUCGCCAACCGUCGAACUCUUCAAUGUAGAAUUUGCCAAUGUGGAUAAAACAUUUUCGUGUCGUCAAUCGUCGGUUGUUGCAGAUACCAUUGUUUCCAAAACAACAGCCACAGCUAUGUGUGAUGAUCAAUGUUCAUUCUCAAAAGGAAGAACUGUCAUUUGCCAUCGUACCUUUGAUAACAUCAUUGGAGACACACCCAUUGAGUCUCCAUUUUGUCUCCCGUCCAGAAACUCUGCACAGUGCGGAACAAGUUGCCAAUCAACUACCGAUAGUUGUCUAUCAUGUGACGCAUGUCCUUGUUUCAUGUCUGGAGCAUUCGUGACCACCGCCGUUGGAAGUUGUACCAAGUCAAGAUUAGUUACACCAACCAUAAACUUUGAUGAUUUGUUGUCAGGUUUUACAGACAAGGUCACCAUUGAUAUUGUCGCCUAUGUUAAAGUGCCAAAGUCUGGAUAUUACAGCUAUUCCACUCAUAGUACUCAUCUUGGUCUGUCCCUUCAAAUGGACUCUCGUACAAUGCUCAUUUCCACCUAUCAAAGAGAACUAUGGUCAUCCAAUCGUACGAUUUACCUCGAACAGAAACAUCCCCAUGCUCUCUCAUUCCGACUCACCUCACCAGCUACAUUUGUAGCUCUCAAAAGAUCGUUUUCAUUUUCAUUUGACAAUGGACAAGGAAUUGAAAUGUUCUACAGUCGAUCGAUCUGUGGAGAUGGUAUAUUCCAUAAAGAUAUGACUGAUUGUGAUCAUGAUAAACAUAUUGUACCAGCAAGCGGAAAUAUAGUAUGUGGUGAUAAUAUUUGCAAUGAAGAUAAUCCAAACGAUUGUUUCCAAGAUUGUUAUUCACACAUUACACCUAUUUGUGAUGCCCGUAAAGUACCAAAGAACCACAUUGCUCCAGGUUUUAUUACACAAGAUGAUACUCUUGGUGCCAUUAUCGACAACCAAAUGAUUUGGCAUCUUCCAGGAUCGGAACACAUGACGACAGCCAUUGAUAUUGUCUCUGGAGAACAUGCUCAAAAACCAAUAUUCUACUUUGGAUAUUGUUCAGACAGCGAUAUUAAUCUUGUUCAAGAUGUGUAUCGUGGAUCAGUCUAUGAAUUACCAAAGGAAUUAGCUGGGAAAAUGCUUCCUCAAUGUUCAUUUGAUACAUCGACAACCACUCAUUCAAGUGUCACAGAGAUGAAAGAAUCAAAGACAAAGAAAUCAAUGUCAUCUUAUAGUGGAUCUAUUGGAGGAUCAUAUGAUGGGGUUGGAGCCGAAGUAAAUGCAGCCUACUCAAAAGAUCAAUCAAUCACUCAAACCAACUCGAAAUCAGAUUCUUCAACUUCGACCAUCUUUGUCACCGAGAUAGCCUGUAACGUGUCAACUGUCGAGUUGGUAGAGAUUGUCUUCCACCCAACCUUUUUAAAAGAUGUCAAGAAAUGUAAAUCUGUGAAUGACAUGGUCGGUGUGAUCGAGAAGUACGGUACACACUAUAUCAAAAGUGGAGUGUUGGGAGGAAAACUCACUCAAUCGACCAUCACCUCUGAAGUGAUGACAAGCUCGGAACAAGAGGCUGACUGGAGUGAAAGCAGUAAAAGAUCGAUGGGUGCAUCCAUAAAGACACCCGUACUCCAAGGAGGAGCAUCCAACUCUGAUACCUCAGACUCUACUCUUUCUGGGAAACAACAGGACGAGAAGAUGGCAAAAUCCGAGAGAACAUCGAUCGUCACACUUGGUGGAUCGCCAGGAUCGUAUGCACCAGGAAGUUCGUCACAAGGAGAAAUGUUCCAAAAGUGGGCAUCGUCAAUUGAUCUCAAUCCAGCCGUUAUUUCACAGGAUCUCUAUCCCAUUCGUGAUAUUAUCCCAUCGACAUGGAUGACUUCUGUUGUUGGAAAGAAUGUUCAAUCAUUAUGGAAGGAUGCAGAGACAAUUUACUAUGACAGGAAUUCGUUCACUGAAAAUCCAGGAAGACAAGAAUUCCAGUACAUGCUGUUGAUGCAUACUGCUUCGUCCACUACCAAAUUCCUUCCACCCACAAUCACGAUCAAAUGGACCGACGUUAAAAACAAGCCAAAAGAAUCAAAGAUAGACCUAUACUAUCAGCGAAGAGAUGAAGAAGACACUUUGUCCCCUCCCUACAUGAUGGACUUUAAUUAUGUUGUCCCAGCCACCGAAUCCGCCAAAGACACGUGUUGGAAUAUUGAAACAAACUUUGGACAUGAAAAAAUAGCAGAUACCUACCAGCGAUAUUGCCAGUAUAGUCGUAAAUCCAUCCUAUCACCGCUUCGAUUUGACUUUGUGUUGGAUGCCGACUUUUUAACGAGUACCACCAGACCCGUUAUCACAGUCACCGGGAUUCCUUCAACCAUGGAUCCAGCAUUCUCCAUUGUCAGAUUUGAAUCGUCGGAAGGUAUCGUAUUUGACAAGAACGGCGGAUACAAACCAUUCGCCACCACCUAUGUCACCACGGCGAUACACCACCUUUUUGGUCCCAGUGUCGAGAAUGCCGUAACAUUCCAAUUGACCAAAUAUGCGACGGGUACCAAGACCUACCUCAGAAACGUUAUUUCGGAUUUGUACACACCCCAAGAAUACUCGACAAUCACAGACAGGCUCUAUAUCAAGUAUACCAAUCCUUCGGGGACAGAGACAGCGUUGGGCCAUCACUCUUUCAAUUGGGAAGUUAAUAAGGAACAAAAAUUCGUUUACGGCUAUUUCUCGCAUCCCUAUACCACCGGUACACCUACCUAUCGUUACUCGAUCCAAUACCAAAUUGGCAGUACGACUAGAGUCGACUGGGCACUCUCCAUGGAGCCCCAACCAUCCAUUUCCUCGUGGAAGCGAAAGGCCCUUUACCAUCACACUGCAAUGAACCAUUACCAAUCCCUCCCACCCCUUUCACUUACGACUAGCCACUUGAAUAUGAAAAUGGAACCGAUGGACCCAACCAGAUUUGAUUGGCUGUACACUAGAAACUACGUCAGUGAAUCAGUGAAUGGUCCGGCAAUCUGA